UCAGGAUAUAAAGUUGAACAUCACACAGACUCUGAUUUUCAUUUGCUCCCACUGAGACUCAAAGGGCAGAAACAGAAACAGCCAUCAGACAUGAAAGGAAAAGGCGUUGUGCUGUUCUUUGUGUUGCCGCUGGUGUUCGGCCAGCAAAAGACCUACACCUGGGACGUGCCAGGACAAACCCUUGCUCCAGACCCCAUCAACCCGUGUCUGACUGACCAGGACUCAUGUGGUUGUUGUGUGAUGCAGAGGAAAAAAUGGCAGUUAGAAGAAUAUUUAAACUCUAGUAUGAAUUCACUGGAGGAUUCGCUGGCCAGAGCACAAAACACACUGAGAAACAUAAGAGAGAAUCGAGUGGCGUUUUCUGUGGGUCUAACCGACAGGAGACGCUGUAUUGGUCCGGCAAGGACGGCAAUAAAUGUGGUCUAUCAGAGCAUCUUUAUCAACAUUGGAGAGGCCUACAACUCAUCCACUGGUGUGUUCACGGUUCCACGGUCAGGCGUGUAUAACCUGGCAUUUACCGUGUUCAGCGACGCAGGCUCACCAGGCGCAUCGCUGUCCGUUUGUACCAGUAUCAGGAGGAAUGGUGUGGCUCUAGCAGCACUUAGGGAGAUGUAUGAUCAAGACCAGGAGGACCAGGCCACAGCGGUCUUACUCGCGCAGCUAAGAGUCGGCGACCGUAUUACCAUCAGUCUCCACACUGGCUGCUGGCUCUGUGAUGAUCAGAAUCAUUACAACACAUUCAGUGGAUUUCUGCUGUAUGCUACAGAGUGAAGCUCACAAACACACACAUACACAGACUUUAAAGGCUAAAUUAGUGAAGAGCUCUCAUAGAUGCAAUGUAUACAACUAUUUGACCGUAUAGACAAACCUAGACACACUCACUCACACACACACUUCGGGUUUACAAUCUUUGUGGGGAAUCUCCAUCAAUGUAAUGGUUUUGACAGUGUACAAACCGUAUAUUUUACAGAAAACUUUCUGCAUUUUUACAUUUUCAAAAAAACAGUUUUGAGUCAGUAAGUCUGUGUGAAUUGAGGUUGAAGUGCCCACCGGAAUAGAAAAAGACAAACACACACAGACACACACACAGACACACUCAGUAAGAUAAAUGUUGUAAAAGGCACAGAUGUUGAACUAGCAUUAAUAAAAUUAAAUAGAAUUGUUUCUCUAUCA